GUUAAAUAAAAUAAAUUCCUACUAUAUAUAGUUCGGUAAAAAUCAAAACUUACAGUCACAAAUACCUGUGAAUAAACAUAGUUGCGUGAAGAAUUAAAACAAUGAGGGGUUUAAUAUUGUCAAUACUAUGUCUACAGGUGACAUACAUAUCCUCAACAGUUAUAUUUCCAACAGUUUUUACAACACCAUUCAGAUGUUUUGUGUGGGAUUCCACAUGCCUGAAAGGGUUGGCUAAAAGCAUUGGUCCUGGAUAUAUACAAAGGAUUCCUGAGUUCAGCGCGCUGAGACUAGAUCCAAUGGGCAUUGACUUUCAACGGCUAGAUCAAGAUGGUGUGAUAUUUGACACCACAGAUACGGAAGUCCACGGGUUAAGCGACAUGAUUGUUGAUGAAAUAAGCGUUUUAAGAAAUGCAAGUCUGAGUCGCAUGAGAUUUCGUACAAACCUCCUUUUUACUGGUACUUAUAAAUGUAACGGGACUAUGUUCUUCCAACCAAUAAGCGGAGAGGGUCGUUAUGCGGCGUCUCUGAAGAACGUGGAAGUAGAGAUUUUCAACCCGUACAACAUUGUUAGAAAUGAAAUUGGUCUUGAAUUCCUUGAUGCACCAGACUAUCAAUUCCGUUAUGUGGUGAAAGACAAGGCAAAUUUCCGUUUUGAUAAUCUAUAUUACGGAGACAAAGAACGCAGUGAUUUGAUGCACUCACUAUUGAACGCAAACUGGGAAUUCAUAACGGAGCAAUAUGGCAGGAUUUACAUAUCGAGAAUCAUCAGUACCAUGGGAAAGGCCUACAGAAGUUAUUUUAAUUUGGUACCAUUAAGAUCUUUGGUGGAAUUUUAAAAUAAUAUAUUUAAAUAAUUGUCUGUGUAACUAAUUUUAAAUUUGUUCAAUUAUUGUUAAAUUUUUAUAAUACCUUCAUUAUUUAUCGGACAUAUUAUAUAUAAUUGAACAAUGGACAUUCAAUGAUAUUAAUGACAUAUUAAAUUGUAUAUUGAAG